AAGUUGUCCAGAGAAACGUCAACUCUCCUCCCACAGGAUUAUGAUCCUCCCAACUGUGCACCAGAGACUCGGGACUAUAAUGGCAUAGAUGUCACCAAAAGAAAAGAAGGAAGGAACCAAUUUUUUGGCAGAUACAGAACUGAGUCUUUGUGAAGAAGCUGAAGGCCUUUCUGGAUCAAUAAUAACAUUUUCUGGCUGCAGAACUUCCACAUCCAUAUCAGUUGACAAAGCCCUUUGGGAAUCAUGAUGAUUUUUUUCCGAUACCAGACAUUCAGAUUCAUUUGGCUUGCCAAGCUAACUGGCCGGUACCUUCACAAAGAUCAUCAGCUUUGGGCGCCUCUGACUCUUGCUGACUUUGACGCCAUAAAUCGCUGUGAGAAGUCACUGCCUAAGAACUUUAACUUUGCUGGGGAUGUGCUGGACCAGUGGUCCCAAAAGGAGAAGACAGGAGAGAGACCAGCCAACCCAGCCCUGUGGUGGGUGAAUGGCAAAGGGGACGAAGUGAAAUGGAGCUUUGAAGAACUGGGCUCCUUGUCCCGAAAGGCUGCCAAUGUGCUCACCAAGCCCUGCGGCCUAAAGAGAGGAGACCGAGUGGCCGUGAUCCUGCCCCGUAUCCCAGAGUGGUGGCUUGUAAAUGUGGCUUGUAUGCGAACAGGGCUGGUCUUCAUGCCAGGAACAACCCAGCUGAGAGCAAAAGACAUUCUCUAUCGGCUGCAAGCAUCCAAGGCGAAGUGUAUUGUGGCCAGUGAGGAGGUGGUCCCAGCCGUGGAGUCCAUUGUGUCAGAAUGUCCCGACUUGAAGACCAAACUCCUGGUGUCUCCAUGCAGCCAGAAUGGGUGGCUCAGCUUCCAGGAAUUAUUUCAAUCCGCCUCUGCAGAGCACAGCUGUGUGGAGACAGGAAGUCAAGAACCAAUGGCCAUUUAUUUCACCAGUGGGACCACAGGCUCUCCCAAGAUGGCCCAGCACUCUCAGAGCAGCCUCGGAAUUGGCUACACCCUCUGUGGAAGGUAUUGGCUAGACCUGAAGUCCUCAGAUAUCAUAUGGAGUAUGUCUGACACUGGCUGGAUCAAGGCUGCCAUUGGCAGUGUGUUUUCAUCCUGGCUUCAGGGAGCCUGUGUCUUUGUACAUCGGAUGGCCCAGUUUGACACUGAUACCUUCCUAGAUACGCUCACCACUUAUCCCAUCACGACCCUGUGCAGCACUCCCACUGUGUACCGGAUGCUCGUGCAGAAAGAUCUGAAAAGAUAUAAAUUCAAGAAGCUACGGCACUGCUUGACAGGAGGGGAGCCACUCGACCCGGAGGUGCUACAACAGUGGAAGGCACAAACUGGGCUGGAACUGUAUGAAGGCUACGGACAGACAGAAGUGGGAAUAAUUUGUGCCAAUCAGAAAGGACAAGAAAUUAAACCAGGCUCGAUGGGGAAAGCAGUACUACCCUAUAACGUCCAGAUUAUAGAUGAAAAUGGCAACAUCCUACCACCUGGCAAAGAAGGGGAAAUUGCCCUCAGACUAAAGUCUACACGGCCCUUCUGUUUCUUCUCUGAAUAUGUGGAUAAUCCACAGAAAACUGCUGCCACAGUAAGAGGGGACUUUUAUGUCACUGGAGACAGAGGAGUGAUGGACAGUGAUGGGUAUUUCUGGUUUGUCAGCAGAGCUGAUGAUGUCAUCAUAUCCUCUGGGUACCGAAUUGGGCCGUUUGAAGUGGAGAGUGCGCUCAUUGAACACCCAGCAGUUGUUGAAUCAGCUGUUGUCAGUAGUCCGGAUCCAAUCAGAGGAGAGGUAGUGAAAGCUUUUGUUGUCUUAUCUCCAUCCUUUAAAUCAUCCAACCCAGAGAAAUUAACUCUUGAACUUCAGGAUCAUGUGAAAAAAUCAACUGCACCUUAUAAAUAUCCAAGAAAGGUGGAAUUUGUUCCGGAACUCCCGAAGACAAUCACUGGGAAAAUCAAACGCAACGUUCUGAGAGACCAUGAAUGGGGUCGAACAUAGCCUGAGAAGAAACUAUGGCAUUAAGUAGUUACAGGCUUGCUUUCAUUGAGUCCUUGCUUCCUGAUAAUUUAGUGAUUACUCUCUUACAAUGCUGAAGAUUUUUCCUGGUUGAAAAACUCAACUUUUUUGUUCUGUACGUAGCAAAAAAUUAAAUAAAUAAAUAUCCAAAAAUAUUUGGGAAGAAAACGGUUAUGAUGACCAAACUGACAAAGGCAAUGAUUUUAAUGACUUGCAGGGUUUAAAAUAGCAAAUGAUUACUUAGAAAAGCACAGUGGACAAUGAAUUUAUCUUGCGC